AUGUUUCGGCGCGCCCCCGUGGUCAUUCUUGUCCUGACUUUGGUCGUUGGGGUGACGCUGGUGCUGGACUUUUCAAUCUCACGUGGUCUCAAGCAUGACACUGGUGGCCUGGUCUGGCCGUACAUCUCUGACACGGGCCGGGACAAUCCCGAACACAUCAUCUUUGCAAUCGUGUUGCUCAUACGCGGGUGCACGCGUUUAGGCAUGACGAUUGCGGCGCUGCUUUACAUGUACAUUAUGGUGGCCAUCCGUGCGCUCUUGCUCAGCAACAAAGAAAUGGCCGAGUCAUCAUGGCGAUGGCGCACAGCCGUGGUCAUGGGCAUGCAGCUGUUGGCUGGCGCGUGCCUGGCAACGUUAGCCAUCUUCGACACGCGCGACUUUCCGACCACACAUCUCAUCUCAGCCAUCCUAUUUUUCGUUUUUGCUAUCAUUGGGCACACAAUCUUGCUCUUUGCGUUCCGGCGGUUUGCUGCCCUCGAGGGAGGCUAUACGGCCUCAUUGCGCCUCAAGAUGGUGAUGUGCGCCGUCAUCUGGAUCCUCUUCAUUAUUUACAUUCCCAUCGGGCUCCCGCUGGCCAAAUCGGAAUACGUCGAGGAAACCAAGCUGUAUGAUUACUCCAUGGACAAGGGCACAAACCUGAUGCGCAGCAUUUCCCAGCCAUUGCCGUUGCUGUUGGAUCAGUUUUGCUAUGAUGAGUUGCAAAUCUUGCAUGUGUGUGUGUGUGUGUGUGUGUGUGUGUGUGACGUAAAGUUUUCCAAAAAAAAAGGAGGAGUUCGAAAACAAAGGAUCAAAGGAGUGAUUCAAGGUUGGCAGCAAAGAGUUUGCGGUUGGCAAUGGCAGAGCAGGCGACAGAUGGCCGUGGAAAAACCAUGCUUGCUCGUCUGA